GCUGUGCGCCGUAUGAUCUCACUUAAUCGUUUUAAUAAAUGACAUCAAAUCUUGUUCUGCGGGUUCGCCGCGGGCCUACAGCCAGCUGUUCCCUGGAAAUGUCGUAUCGGGCGAAGCUUUGUCCCGCCGCUGUCGGAUGCUGAAACGCGCAACCCGCCUGUGGAUGCUUGAUGUCCAUUACGAAACGCGAUGCUGCGCCUGGUGCCGAGGGUUAGGAGCAGUGCUUUUGAGCUCAAAUGAACCACAAGAAAGCAGUUUAGCUGCAAAAUACUCCUGCGGCGCGGACGGUUCAAGGUGGCCCAGCAUCCCUCUCCUCAGCCCUCAGCUUCCUGUCUUCUCCUGGACUGUGGAUAACAAGAAGCCUUCAAGACGGAGGGGGUGGUAGAGCAUCGAGGAAAAAAUAGGGGCAAUAUGAGAGAGCGGGACUUCAUGCCCAAUAUGGAGAGGGGCAAACCUGCCACUUACACGGGGGACAAAAAGGCUAAGAUGGCUGCUAAGACUAAUAAGAAGUGGGUGAGACUAGCCACUGUUUUUGCUUAUGUAUUGUCUGUGUCCUUAGCAGCCAUUAUCCUGGCAAUUUACUACAGCCUGAUCUGGAAACCAACAAGUGCAUCCUCUUCUGCGGGGAAGCCGGGGGUGCCUGAGGGGGUCUCCUCCACCACAAACAUCUCAACUAAUGUUUCCACAAGCAACAACGUCUCAGAGUGGACCUCUGCACAGACAGGGCUGCUGCCUCUCAACCAGACCAGGCAGGGCACAACCCCGCACGGCCAGGCGUUCCAGUGGGAUGACAUAGCCCCGAGUGUGGCCGUUUCCCCGCGCGGUGCCGGAGCAGAGAUUGCGCACUUGCGGCAGGAGGACGGACUCUACGCACCAUCCCGCGGUCACACGAGCGCGGAGAGAUCGGGCACUUUGGCCGGGGAGACACGCGCGCCCCGGUCCCGGGUGAGCCAUCACGUCCCGUCAAGCACCGGGGAGACUGGCGCGGCGCUUAACGAGGACGAGGAGGGGAGGGAGGCGCGCAGCCGGGGCGGAGGGGCGACCGACAAACGCGACCCCGAGCGGGCGGCUGCAGAGUCUGCCACUGUUCCUCCCACGAGCCGCGCUGGCCCGAGGAGGGAGACUGAUCGGGCUUGAUUCCCACCACCACACCCCCACCUCACACACACACACACACACACACACACGCACACGAACUGACCCAACACGGAGUGUUUUACAGACUCAGUGCCGCAGGUCGGAUAACACACAGGUCUUCGUCUUUCAACUCAUUUUGCAGAUCACCUUGUGGAUGCUGAACUGCACACAUGAACUGAUAUCUCGCUCUUACGACUGAGAAAAGAGGAGACCUCGCUUCUUCUAUCAACACUAACUAUGCUUCUUUUCUCUUUUUUUUCGUUUCAGGCCAUCUGUAUGCCUUAAAAUCAGUGUGUGUCUACUUUCCCUCGGACAGCUUCUGAGGGCCACUGAACUGUCUGUACGUGUACUGCAAGACUAGUAUAGAUAUUUUGUUAAAUCAAUAGAACAAAGGCUCCAGAGAUGCUUUUGGUUUUGUAGGACAUAAAUAUGUCUCACGGGCAUACGGCGCUUAACAUCACUGCCAUUCAUCGGCUGGUCUAAAUCAAUACUCCAUUGUUGCAUUUUAACAUAGGCUGUACUUUUCUUGUCAUGGAUCAAACCUGGAUUCCGAGUAGAAGAACUGCGUUAUUGAGUUAUGCUCAGGUAUGUGCAUAUAACCACGUAACUUUAUCGUCUAUUUGGUUAUGUACAUAUAGGGCAGGCAUACAUCUUUUUGGCCUUGAUGAACUUUUAGUGUAAUUAGAAGAUUUUUAUUACAGGUACAGUAUGUAUAAUAGGUAUAGCUAUAUCACAAGGUACAAAUAAACAUCCUUAGAAAAUGAUUCAUUUCUAUGGUUUUAUAUAUCUAGACGACAGAUCUAUGUAAAUUAUGAAUUAAUCACUGACAUUACCCUGUAUGUUAAUGAUAUUUUAUUUAUUCAG